GAUUGUAUCCGAGCCUUCUGCUCACCCGUCUCCCUCAUCCUCCAUCCUUCACUCUCGACCCUCCACGCGGCCUCACUCCCCUCCACUCCACACCCGCCAUGGCCCAACAACAGCAAAACGGCGAGCCCGUCAUGCGCAGGAAGCUAGUCAUUAUUGGCGACGGUGCCUGCGGCAAGACCAGUCUGCUGAGCGUCUUCACCUUGGGUUACUUUCCAACCCGAUAUGUCCCAACAGUUUUUGAAAACUACGUCACUGACUGCAGAGUAGACGGCAAGUCCGUACAGCUUGCUCUGUGGGAUACGGCUGGACAAGAAGAUUACGAGCGUCUGCGCCCUCUUGCAUACAGCAAAGCACACGUUAUCCUCAUUGGCUUCUCUGUCGACUCGCCCGACUCCCUCGACAAUGUCAAGCACAAGUGGGCCGAAGAGGCCCGUGAACGCUGUCCCACCGUCCCCAUUAUCCUCGUCGGCCUGAAAAAGGAUCUCCGCGACGACCCCUUAGCCCAGGAAGAGAUGCGCAAGAAGUCACUGCGUUUCACAACCACCAAGCAGGGCAGUGAUAUGAAGGACAUGAUUGGCGCCCGCAAAUACCUCGAGUGCAGCUCUCUAACCGGCGACGGCGUCGACGACGUUUUUGAAGCCGCUACCCGCGCUGCUCUUCUUUCUGUCGACAAGAAGGAAAACCCAGGAUGCGGAUGCGUCGUUUUAUAAAAAAAACAAAAAAGGAAAAAAGCUGAGCGUUCACUCGCUCGUUACCACGUUUAACCAAGACUUUCUCUUCUUCUUCUUUGUCUCACAACUGACAUAAAAUGCAUUGGGCGGAGUAAAAACUUUUUACAUGGAGUAAAUGUCCGUUUCAUGGAGGUUCAAUUGCCAUAAUCCUCUUAUUUUUUCCCUCAUAUUAUCCAUUUCUUGGCCUUUUGACAUCGUUUUUAAAUCCCCUGUGUUUUUUUGGUUUCUUGCCUGGCGCCUUUUUCUUAGUUCCAUGUUUCCGUUCUGAGCGAGUUUUCUGCUUGUAUUGCUUGUCUCUUUUUUUUGUGUUUAGUAAAGAGAUGGCGAGAGAGAAUGAGAUAUUGAGAGAGAGAGAGAGAUAGAGAAAGAGAAAGGAUGAGGUU